CUCCUCUCCUCCUCUUCUUCGCUUUGUAGCAUAAAGCCCUUACCUUUAGCAAAACCAGUCCAUUAAAGCAUCAAGCUUUUUUCAGUUCCUCUUAGGUUUUUCAUUUCAAUAUGAAGAAAGGAAUGUUCUCCUACACCUCUUAUGAGAAUCAUUUCCAGAAUGAGCCUCACUUCCUUGAUGCCUGCUUUCUUUGCAGAAAGUCACUUGGAAACAACUCUGACAUCUUCAUGUACAGGGGAAAUACACCAUUCUGCAGCAAAGAUUGCAGACAAGAACAAAUAGAGUUUGAUGAGGCUAAAGAGAAGAGCUGUAAAGUGUCAUCUUCUUCUUCUUCCUCAUCUUCAAGCAGAGCAUCCAUCAGAAAAUCAGAUGCCAACAAGAACUCUACCACCAACAAAACUGUACGGACAGGCACAGUUGCUGUAGCCUGAUGAUCGACCCUGAACCAAAAAAUUAAUUUUUGUAAAUUAUGUAAAUCUUUUCUCGUUCCACGUGGCAAGAUCAUGGAGGUGAAUUUUGAUCAGGGGUGUGUGAUCUGUAAAAAGUGAGAUGGAGAGGGGAAGUACAUAUGAAAUUUGUGAUCAAUUGGGGAAGAAUUUUGUUCAAGUUUUUGUUGAACGGAAAGGAAAACCAUCAUAUCUCCUAUGUAAUGGUAGGGAUGUGUUGUAAAAUUUUGUUAAUGAUCUUUGUUUACUUCUCAAAGGAUUUUGAGACAUUGAAAAGUUUCGAAGAGAAACUUAAUUGGUAUCAAAUCACUGAUGUUCUAUUUUUUUUC